AUGAGUCCCAACGUCCCUCGCGAAUUGGAGCUCCAGCUUCCACCUCAGGCCCCUUCUCCGACCCAUAGCUCUCAACACGCCGGUGUGAAAUCACAGUCGUACCACAGCCGGGAUCAGUCAAAGUCGAGCCCAGUGCCUGAUGAUGAGCCGCACAGCUUUGACGACGUAGACAUCACGGGCCUCCAGCCUCCUCCUUCUGCCUUGACACCAACCUCUGCUACGGCCUAUGACCCCCAGGCGCCUUCCCCACUCGACGACUUUCCGCGUUCUGGCCGCAGCAGUCACCAGCGCAGCUUGACGGGCACAAUCUUCGACAACCUCAACCGCGCCACCUCGACAAUCCAGCAACAUACUUCACGCGCAUCCUCACCAUCCAAAUCCUUGGCAAGCUUCAUCCCGUCACGAGCCGCCGUCGAAUCAAACGCUAGCCAGCCCAAGAUUAGGGCCAUACAGAACUGGUUCAGCGGCUCUUCGUCUGUAAAGCUCGGUGCAUCACCGCGCCAGGACGACUAUUCCGACUCCGAGUCCGGGUCUGGAGAGGAAUACGACUCGGAAUCCGAAUCUGAGGAAGAGGAGGAGGAAGAAGACCGAAGCAGUAUGAUGGCUAACAUCUUCAACCGUGGAUCCUCGCUUACCAGAGGAGCGUCCGAGACCCCUAGGCGAUCAGACGAAACUCAGACACAGACCAAGGCGCCGGCCCAGCCGACUGCCGGCAGCAAGUUCGCGUGGUUGUUGUCCACACAAAAGAGCGCCGCCACGCCGUCGCCACAACCAUCACCCACCUACCACAACCCCGAUGACGAGCUCAUCAACCUCAAAAUCUCCCAGGCCCUCUUUCCACACGGACCUGCCGAUCCGCUAGCUCCGUCGUCCUUCCACGAUCUCCUCACCAAUGCCGAAGCGCUGCUCUCUCGCUACCAGUCUGCCUACCGCCAACUCUCGACCGCGUUAGUCGAUGCACAGUCUGAACAAAGUGCGCAGGAGGAUGAGCUCGACGAGGUCGAGACGCGAGCCCGUCAUCUGAAGAUGCAGCUCGAGAGCAUGGCAAGGCGCGCAGAUGACCAGGAUGAGCAGAUGCGCAGUCUGAUGGAAGACCUCGCGUUUGAGCGAAAGGCCCGACAAGAGGAAGAGGCAGCCCGCAAGAGGAGUCUGGCUCUCAUCAGACAGUGCGAGCACACCACCUGCCAGGAAACGACGCGACGACACAACCGCAUCUCCGGCUCAGAACUCAGCGUCGACUCCGGCUUUGAAUCGGAGGCCGAAACCGAUGCUGCCAGCGUCUUCUCCCGCAACUGCCUCAGCCCCACCGGCACCGACCGCUCCUCCGUCCUCGACAGCGAAGUCCACGACGCGACACCCAAGGGCCGGAAACCCCAGCCCUUGCAACGCGGCGGCACAUCCACCAAGUCUCGCCAGAGCAAAGUGGAAAUACGCACGUGGGGCUGCGAAAAUUGCGAAGGCGGUGCACAAUCCGCAGUCUGGGGCCGCCUCGCAAGGGAACGCGAGGAGAACCGCACACUCAGACUGCGAGUCGAGACGCUAGAAGAGGCCGUCGAUGGUGCUUUGAACGCCGUGACGGGCGGAUGGGGCAUGUAA